AUGGCUCUUGACUCUGACCCCGGCUCGGUCAGCCUCUCCCUGCCCCCUCCCCCUCCCCCUCCCCGCUGCGCCUUUCUGUUGGCCCAACCCGCACGGCCGGGAAGGGUCCGCGGACAUGCACUAAAAUCCCUGCAGGCAACGCUGGGUGGCCGCCUACACAACGAGGCCACCGUGGCCGAACAAGAGGCCGAGUGGGACACGGGAUACGUUGGUUAA